CUUCACAACCAGCCAGAAAACUGCAAGGAAGGGGAAGCGUGUUUGGAGCUGGAAGAGAAGAAGAAGAGGAAGAAGAAGAAGAGGAAGAGGAAGCAGCAGCAGCAGCAUCACCACAGAUCCCCUCUCCAGCCUCUUUAGCUGUCUGACCUUUAACCUUAUGGACUAGAUUCCUCCUCUGGUGAAUUCUUCACUGUGGGAUCCUUUUUCUUUUUCUUUUUGUUUGUUCAACACAUCAAGAUGCAGGCACAGUUGGCGUGUAUUUUUCUCCUCUGUUUCACAUGUGGUGGACUUUGUACAGAUGUCGACGAGGAUCAGCGAGCGCUGGAAGAGGAGCUAAUCAGCAGUCUCUUCACUUCUAAGAAUAAGCAGAGUGCCCCCUACUGGCGCGUGUCGCUGGUCAAGAUGUGCAGGAUGGUGAACGGCCUGCGGCAGGAGGCGAGGAGCAGCGAGGAGCAGGAGGGCGGCGAGCUGAGGGAGGGGAGCCUCCAGCUGCUGGAGGAGCUAUACAACCUGCAAAUCAUCUGUGGAGCACUGCAGAGCCGGGAGGAGAGGCUACUCCACGACUCUCAAGAAUAUUUAGAGGAGAACAGUGACACCCCGCUGAAACGAAAAUCCCCCUACAUCCUGAAGAGGCAAGCGGCGCACACCACCAAGUCCCGGAGGCCGUACAUCUUGAAACGGAGUACGAUUUACUGACGACCAUCCCAGAGGCCGAGGUUACAUUUUAGGGGACCAGACAAUAUUCUUUCUGUGAACAUGUGAUUGUGUUUUUUUUUUAUUUCUCUCUUCUUGUAGCUGCAAUGUUUUCUUUUUCUUUUCCCGUUGUUGUUUUGAUCCAGUCAGACCCUUCGAUUGUAUGUCCAGCAUUGAGGCCUGCCUGUAUUCUGCUCCUUUCAAGUAUAGGUCCUGAAAAUAAAAUCCUGAGCAUCAAGCAAAUUUGUGUAUUUCUGAGAAACUAUAUUUAUUUACUCUAUUUCUUCACUGCACACUAAGUCUAUUUUGUUUCAGGAUAUGAUUAAAGGAUUCAUGAUACAAAACCAGUGUGAUGUGACUAUCUGUUCU